AUGUUGCCCCCUAAUGUGAAAGUGAGGUUCACUAAUCUCGGAUUAGCAAGUUCAACUCGUUUGUGGCCACGAGAAAUGCUCUCUCUGAAACAGAUCAAUGACCUCGAAAAGUCUCCACUAGGAUUCUUGUUGAUUAACAAUGGUACGGAUGUUUCUACUCAAACCGAGUUAGGCACAAGUACAUCCAGCCAGACUAGUUAUGAGACUCCUCUUCACGAAUCCUUCUAUGAAGUAGUCACACAGCUCAAUACGGUGGAAGUGAAGAAACCAACGGGAAACAGUCAAGCGAGGUUGAUGCAAAUGAUCAAGAACAUCGUCACUCAGCUGGAUAAUUUCAAGAUCCAAUUGGGAACAUUUGCUCGCUUCACUGUUUUCCGCAAUAUUAAUAAGCUGGCUUCUUCUUUUCUCGGCAUUGCUGAAACUACUGUCAUUCGUUUUAAUAAAAAAAUGGAAGUUGAUAAUCAAGUUAAAAGGAGUCAAACCAGAAAGAUGAGGAAUGAGACGGCAUUGAAGCUUUUGGAUUCGGAUGAGAGGAAAAUCAUCACUGAUCAUAUCCAGAAGUGUUACAUUGACGAUUCGAACUUCUCCAUUCAGUCUCUUCAUGCCGAUCUUCAGAAUCUUUAUGAUUAUCCGUAUUCUGCCUCAACGUUGUACCGUCAACUUAAAGCCAUGAGAUAUAGCUACAAGCUAAAGACGUACAAUCCAUUCUCCACAACAAGAGAUGAAAUUGUGAACUGGAGAGCGCGUUAUUUGAGAAUGAUGGAAGAGUUGAGACAACAGGGAGCUUUUAUUUGUUACUACGACGAGACGUGGAUCUACCACGGGAUGACGAAAACCCGAGGAUGGAAUCCAACGGAUACAAAUCCGUAUCUGAUUGCCAAUAUGGGAGACUUGAAGAAGCCAAGACCUGGAUUCGCCGCUUCUAGCGAUAAAGGUCAACGAGCCAUUGUGCUCGCUGUAGUCACGGAGGCAGAAGUACUCCCAGGAUCCGUUGAUAUUGUUAUUCCGAAUCGUCAUCCGUCUGAGAUCUUGGUGGACUAUCACCAGUACAUGUCUUCCGAUUUGUACAUCGAGUACAUGAAAAAAGUGUUGCCCCAAAUCGUUGCGGCGACUCCAAAGGGCCGACAGCCAACGCUCGUUAUCGACAAUGCUACUAUUCACAAUACUCUCGUUGACAAGCUUCCGACCAAAAGCUCUAAAAAGGCAGAGUUACGCGCAUUUCUCGAAAAGCACAACGUCGAUUGUGCUGUGGAUGCCACUAAUUUGCAGCUGUGGGAGGAAGUGAAAGCAUUAAUGGAAACAAGGGGCGGAAGAGAUGCAAUGAAACGUUACUAUGUCGAUGAGUACGCGGAAUCUCUCGGUGUCAAGAUUGUGCGGCUUCCACCUUACCACUGUCAAUUCUCUCCGAUCGAAUUGGUUUGGAAUCAACUCAAAACCCAUCUUAGAUCGGCGGGAAAGACAACUGAUAAGUUGGAAGUAGUCGCUGAGCGCGCAAAAACAUGGCUUAAGAACACCAAUGAAUCACAAAUUGCGUGGACUUAUGAGCACAUUCUCGAAAUCGAAGAGGGCAUCAAGCUUGUGAUGGAUGAAGAUGAGGAGACUUGGGAGUGGAAUGACGAUGAAUCGGACAUGUGA